AAAUGCCAGGAAUAGUAAUGGAGAGCAGAUUAAAGUGGCAGUAUGAUGGAAUAUGGCUCUCUCCAGAGGUUUGAGAUGCUGUCAGACGGUUUUCUCCUGGAUUCCCGUUUUGAUUAUAACCGCCGUCGUUUUGUGGUCGUAUUAUGCCUACGUUUUUGAGCUAUGCCUUUUUACAAUCAGUAAUACUUUUGAAAAAGUGGUUUAUUUACUAGUGUUCCAUGUCUGCUUUGUGAUGUUCUGCUGGACUUACUGGAAGUCCAUAUUCACUCCACCUGCAACACCAUGCAAAAAGUUUCAGUUGUCAUACUCAGACAAGCAGAGGUAUGAGAUGGAAGAGAGGCCAGAUGCUCAGAAACAAAUUCUUGUUGAAAUCGCAAAGAAGCUUCCUAUUUUCACCCGAGCUCAAUCUGGAGCUAUCAGGUUCUGCGACCGCUGCCAGGUGCUGAAGCCUGACCGCUGUCACCACUGCUCCGUUUGUGAAACAUGUGUCUUAAAGAUGGACCAUCACUGUCCCUGGGUGAACAACUGUGUUGGUUUUUCCAACUACAAGUUUUUCCUCCUGUUCCUCGCCUACUCCAUGCUGUACUGUGUAUACAUCGCUUCUACAGUUUUUCAGUAUUUCCUCAAGUUCUGGGUGGGGUACCUGUCAGAUGGACCUGCAAAGUUCCACAUCCUCUUCCUCAUGUUUGUGGCACUCAUGUUCUUUGUCAGUCUCAUGUUUCUUUUUGGCUACCACUGCUGGUUGGUGGCGAAAAACAGAUCCACUUUAGAGGCUUUCUCAGCUCCAGUGUUUGUGAAUGGACCAGACAGAAAUGGCUUCAAUGUUGGCGUACGCAGAAACCUGCAGCAAGUGUUCGGAGACAAUAAGAGGAUGUGGAUGGUCCCGGUGUUCACAGGGUGGGUUUUCAGUCCAGGAACUAAACACAACCAAGGGAACGGCCACUACUUCCCUCUGAGGAGUCAGAACUCUGAAUCUCACAACCCCUUACUGGCUAAUGAGGACUUGUGGGAAGAAGAGUCAGAUGACGGGUCUGAAGAAGGAAGUUUGGUGGAGGACCACGACCUCUCUGUUACCAUAGAGUUGGAGGAAUAAUUACACUUGUACGGAGGACGGAAACGUUAUUUUUACAUCACACUUGAUGAGGAACGUGAAGUCGGUGCAUUCCAAAAAAAGAGCAGAUCACAUCCUGCAUUUGGAUCAACAGAUUUGCCAACUUUUCUCUGACGUUUAUUGAAAAGAUCAACAAAGGAACUCACUGGAUAACGAACGGCAGCUUAAUCUCUCCUUUCACUGCUGGAAAAUCUGUUUUAUUCAGAAAGGAACCAACAGAAUUAGUCUGAAGCAGAUGUGUAAUAAUUUGCUAGCUGAGGAAACAUCACGAUGCUUCUGUUUUAGACUCGAAUGCAGCGUUGCUCCUUAGGGCUCAGUCUUUGCAGCAUGGUAUUUAAACUGAAGUAUUUUAUUAUAUUAAGAUUUACCUUCUGAGUUUUUGCAUUUAGCAUGAGCACAUUCAUAAGUGUGACUGGACCAGCGCCUUACUUGAGUGUUCCUCCAUGUCGGGACUAAAUGCCUCCAGAGAACGUAUCGAGCUCAUCAAGAGCACAUGUCCACCAUCGUGUUCCUGUUUUGACAUCCUGUUGUAGUUGGAAAGCCGUUAACAUGUCUAAUUAGACAUUCAUAUCAGUAACUUUUACAUCUGAGGGCACUUAAACUUGGUUGCUUUGUGGUUUAUUAAUCCUUAUUUUCUGUAUAAGAGCUGUCAGACUGACAGGGUUGAUUAUUCCUAAUCAUAGCUGGCGGUCUCAGUCCCUUAACUACAUAAUCAUGAAUCUGGUCCUCGUCCACUGGCUGGUGGAGGGCAGUCCUCUUCUGCAGUAUGAUGUUUUAGAUUUGUUUAUGCACAGGUUAAAGCUUAAUACCAUGUAAAGAGAUUCUGUUAAGAGUAUUUAUUUCUGUAGUUUCCGUGCCUAACACACUUUUAUACAUUUGGGCAUGAGCAGUUUGAACGGUUUAAGAAAAGCUUCAGUUUUAAAACUGAACAUAUUUUAUGGUAAAUUUAACUUUGAUCUAAAAUGUUCUUUGUCUAUAAAGUCAUGAUGACUUCUGUCAGUGAUGAAUGAUUCCUAUGGUCUUGUCUAUUUAUUGAUAUGUCGGGUUGAUUUCUGUGUAUUGAGUCUUACCUGCUGCAGGCAGUCUCUGUAUAUUUUGGUUGUUUUUGUGACACUUUAGAUGUAUAAAGUACUUUUAUUAAAUAGUAGGAAUAUUAAAAAAAACAUAGGACGGUUGGCAGAUGAGAAAACGUGAUGGCACUUCCUGUUUAGCGGUGAUCGUGGUGCUUCCCCGUUUUUACCACUAAAGAUGAAACAAAAACCUCAAUACUCAUAUUUUCUGUUCUGUCUGUAAACAAAUAUAAAUCCUUUAUUGAUCCAUCAGUUAACAUGCAAAAUAAAAUGUUCCAACUUUUAA